UUGGAUGGCUUCCAAGCAAGAGACAUCAAAAGUCAGCUGAAACCAGUCUGAAACAAGAGAGAUGGAGGUAUUAAUGAAGUCGUCAAGGGAAAGAGAGAGGAGGUUAUGGAAACAAAGAGUCCAACAACCAAACCCAAUCCAUUGAUCCUAAGACACUCUUGAGGCCAACCUGCACCAGUACUUCUGCCACCAUGUGGCUUGUGGCGGAAUCCCUCCAACAAAAACGGCAGGAGAAACAAAGUACUAUGCAACUGUAAACAGGUAUGUUGUCUUUGCAGAGGGAUAAAAUAAGUAGAUGCCCAGAAUCCGCUGGAAAGUUGGUGGAUGACAAGAGAGGUGCACCUCCAUCUGUGUCUCUUUUCUGGUGAGAGGUAGCAGUGGUGGUGGUGCUUGGAGUAGCGUUAGGUUAUUCUAAAGGAGAAAAGAGGGGGAAGAGAAAAAAGGAGGGGCAUAGCGCCGUCUUUCUUUUCCCUGUUUCAUCUCACUUGCACAAGGAAUUAGAAAAGGGUUGAGGCAAAAGAAAAAAAAAGAAAAGAAACUAGGGAAGAUGGAUCCAAUAACGGCAUCAUCAGCACAUGGACAUCAUCUUCCUCCUCCAUUCCACACACGAGACUUCCAUCACUUCCACCAGCUGCAGCAACCCAAAUCCGAGGACGACCAAACCGGCCUCAAUCGAGGCCAGAAGCGAGACCGUGAAGAUAUCAGCAAUACCAAUAACAACGGAAGCAAUAGCAGCUGUGGAGAUGGCAAGGAAUUGGUGCCGGUACCCUUCGGAGCGGACGGCGAGGCGGCGCGCAGGCCCCGGGGUCGGCCUGCCGGGUCGAAGAACAAGCCCAAGCCCCCCAUCAUCAUAAACCGAGACAGCGCCAACGCCUUCCGAACCCACGUCAUGGAGAUCGCCGGCGGCUGCGACAUAGUCGAGAGCAUGGCCACCUUCGCAUGCCGCCGGCAGCGAGGGUUGUGCAUCCUUAGCGGUACCGGUUCCGUCACAAACGUUACCCUCCGUCAGCCAGCAUCCCAGGGUGCCGUCGUCACCCUCCAUGGCCGUUUUGAGAUCCUUUCCCUAUCGGGGUCCUUCCUGCCGCCGCCCGCCCCACCGGCGGCGACCGGCCUCACAGUAUACUUGGCUGGCGGGCAAGGACAGGUGGUCGGAGGGAGCGUCGUGGGGCCGCUGAUGGCGUCGGGGCCCGUGGUUAUAAUGGCGGCAUCGUUCGCUAAUGCGGCCUAUGACAGGCUUCCUCUGGAGGAAGAGGAGUCUCUACCAGCCCAGGGGCCUCUGGAAUCCCAUGGACUGGUUGGUCAGCAGCAGCAGCAGUUCCUGCAGGACCCCAGCCUCUUCCAUGGUCUUGCACCGAAUCUUCUCGGUAACGUCCAGUUGCCAUCGGAGCCUAACAAUUGGACUACUGGUGCAGGGAUUCACUAAGUUAGGGAGCUCUAUUAUUUGCUUAGUUUUCGCUUGUUGUGCUAGAAAUUAUUGCAGGAUUUCAAGUUGAGUGCCCUUCUGUCUUGAGGGGACUAGUGCUUAAUUUCUUCUGUUUCUGCCCACAUUUCUUACCUUCUCUAGAAUAACUGAUCUUGGUGUUGAAUUAAGAAACUUGUACAAAUUUAUGAAUUCUCAGUGGUUUCAAUUUGA